AUGAGAAAAGCGACGAUUUUUACGAUUUGCAUGAUUUUUAUGGAAUUUUUCGGUUUUGCUGGUGGGUUUUUUGGGUUUUUAGAGCUGAAAAUGCUGGAAUUGCUCAUUUUAAGCAAUUCCAGCGUUUUCAGCGUGAAAAAUUGAGCCGAGAACUUUUUUAAAGCAAAAAGGUGACCCUUUCUUCAGGGGGGUCACCUUUUUGCUCCAAAAAUGCUCCCAGGUGGAUUUUUCGUGCUGAAAACGCUGGAAUUGCUCAUUUUAGACAUUUCCAGCGUUUUCAGCGUAAAAAAUUGACCGGGGAACUUUUUUACCGCUCAAAAAUAGAACUAUAUUGAUAUUUGGCUGCGUACCUUGGGUUGACUGAGUAUCUAAUGUGAAAUAUACGCUUCUAGGUCAAUUUUUCAUGCUGAAAACGCUGGAAUUGCUCAUUUUAGAUAUUUUCAGCGUUUUCAGCGCGAAAAAUUGAGCUGGGAACUUUUUUAAAGCAAAAAGGUGACCCCCCCCCCUUAUCUUCUUCAGGGGGGUCACCUUUUUUCCUCCAAAAAUGUUCCCGACUCAAUUUUUCGCGCUGAAAACGCUGAAAAUGCUUAAAAUGAGCAAUUCCAACGUUCUAAGCACAGAAAAUUAGCAUAUUAUGUCUCAUAUCCUAAUUGGUAUUCAAUUUCACUAUACAUAUAUAUCCAUAAUAAUUUUUUGCCCUUUUUUACUUUUUCUUUUUUUUCUUGCUUCAAUUAUUAUUCAGGGAAAAUGAGACCGAAAUCAAUUAUUCAUGCGAUUUUCUAUAAAAAUUGAGAGAAUAUAAUAAAAAUUAAUGAAAAAGUGCACAAAAAUUCAAAUUUUCGCGCCAAAAAUCGCAUUUUUUGUGCACUUUUCCAUGUUUUCCACUUCAAAAUUCAUAAGAUUUCAAAUUUUCCGAGAAAAAAACAGAAAACAACAUUAAUUUUUAGCUGGCACCGAAAAAUCAAAUUAUUUUUGGCUUUUCAAAAAAAAUUUUUGGCGCGAAAAUUGAAUAAGAAAAGUAUACUUUGUUUACUUUUGACGCCAGAAAUCAAAUUUUUGUGCUCAGAAUGUUGGUAUUGCUCAUUUUAAGCAUUUUCAGCGUUUUCAGCGUGAAAAAUCCACCUGGGAACAUUUUUAGAGCAAAAAGGUGACCCCCCUGGAGAAAAUAAGGGGGGGGGGUCACCUUUUUGCUUUAAAAAAGUUCCCGGGUCAAUUUUUUAUGCUCAGAAUGUUGAGAUUGCUCAUUUUAAGCGGUUCUAGCAUUUUCAGCGUGAAAAUUUGAUCUAGAAGGACAUAAGAUACUCAGCUAACCCAAUAAGGUACGCAGCCAAAUUUUUGUAUACCAAAUUAUCCUUCACAUUUUUAUGAGUAAGAAAGUUUAAUACUCAGUUAAGUUUGAGGUGUAUUUGACUGCGUACCUAGGACAUUUGAUACUCAGCCAACCGCUAAAAUUCAAAAUUCAAAUUUUUCUCCAAUAAAUAAUUCAAAAUUUUUCCUCCUGCCUGUCAGAAAACAUUAUUUUUGUUGCUGCUCGCUAAUUUUCUCAUCAUUUUCCUCUUCCCAGCUAACUAAUCCUAUUUCUUUUCACUUUUUUUCGAAAAAAAAAGUUAAUUGGCUUGUAAAGCCUCUUCAGAAAACUAAUUAGAUUUUUACAAAAAAAAAAAAAAUUUUUUUUUUGAAAAUUUUUUUCUCACAAAAAAUGUUCCUGGCUCAAAUUUUUGCGCUGAAAACGCUGGAAUUGCUCAUUUUAAGCAAUUUCAACGUUUUCAGCGCGAAAAAUUGAUCUAGAAACUUUUCUGAUCCAAAAAGGUGACCCCCCUGAAUGUAUAACAGGGGGGUCAAAAAAGUAGCAAAAAUUUUCAGAAAAAUGUUUCUAGAUCAAUUUUUCGCGCUGAAAACGCUGGAGCUGCUCAAAAUGAGCAAUUUAAUCGUUUUCAGCGCGAGAAAUUGAUCUAGAAACUUUUCUGAAGCAAAAAGGUGACCCCCCUGAAUGUAUAACAGGGGGUGGGGGUACCUUUUCGCUUCAAAAAACUUCCUGGGUCAAUUUUUCGCGCUGAAAACGUUGGAACUGCUUGAAAUGAGCAAUUCCAGCGUUUUCAGCGCGAACAAUCAAUCUAGAAACUUUUCUGAACCAAAAAGGUGACCCCCCUGAAUGUAUAACAGGGGGUGGGUCAAAAUUUUUGAAAAUUUUUAAAGAAAAAUGUUUCUAGAUCAAUUUUUUGCGCUGAAAACGCUGGAACUGCUUAAAAUGAGCAAUUUCAGCGUUUUCAGCGUGAAAAAUUGAUCUAGAAACUUGUCUGAACCAAAAAGGUGACCCCCUGAAUGUAUAACAGGGGGGGUCAAAAUUUUUAAAAAUUUUCAGAAAAAUGUUUCUAGAUCAAUUUUUCGCGCUGAAAACGCUGGAAAUGUCUAAAAUGAGCAAUUCCAGCGUUUUCAGCGCAAAAAACAACCUAUAUGUCAAAAAAAAUUUUUUUCAAUUUUUUCUAAGGCUUAGCUUAUGUCCUAAGGGCCAUAAAACCCGACUUUUUUCCAAUUUUCCCUUCUUCAUCAUAAUAAACCCCAAGAAAAUAACAAUAAAAUGAGAGCAGAGGAAGAAAAUUGGAGCCGGAAAAAAUCCCACAAUUAUUUUUUAUGCGUAUCUUUUUUUUGUGACUGACUGACAUCAGAAAAAAGCACUUGACAACAACUGGAUUUCUUUUCUAGGGAAAAAAUGGGCGGUUUCUUGACACGUGGCAUGACUUUUGACUGCGAAAAAUCGAUUUUUCGCCCCAAAAAUACCCUAGAUUCAAUUUUGGCUGCGUAUCUUAUACUUUAACUGAGUAUCAAACGUUUUCUAACUCAAAAACAGCUGAUUUUGAUGGAGGAACUUGGUUGACUGAGUAUCUAAUGUCUCAAAGUAAGCAGUCAAAUUCAUUUGAAGCUUUGGCUGAGUAUCUAACGUACGCAGCCAAAUAAAAUCUGUUUCAGAAUCCCUACAUUGUCUGGAAGGUGCUGAUUGUGAGCUGACGGAGACGUGUGACACGUGUCAGGGUGUCGCCUGUACACGUGUCAUCUCCCAUGACGAAAAUGACAAUUUCGAUCAGGCACUGACGUGUGUACCGUCCGACACCAGGUACAAUACCCCUGAGAUUUUUGGCGGGAAAAAAAUCGCAAAAAAAUUUCACGCAUUUUGAUACCAAACACUGCUAUACCUAAGCUAUGACGUGGCAAAUUAUCGAUUUUUUUUUAAAAAUUUAAGAAAAUUCGGAAAUUUGAGGAUUUUUGUGAAACAAUGGAAAUCAAAUUUAAAAAAAAAAAUUUUGUUUUUUUUUUUUUUUUUUUUUUUUUUUGCAAAAUUAGAGAGGACCAAAGAAGCCACGUCAUAGCUCAAAAAAUCGGAAAUUUUUUGAAAAAUUCGAAUUUUUCAUUGAAAAUUAGCUGGAAACCUCGAAAAAUCUGAAAUUUUCAGACACGGAAAAUUUUUUUCAAAAAUUUUUUUUUUUUUCAAAUUUUGAGGGAACCCAAAAAUGCCACGUCAUAGCUCAAAAAAUCGCAAAUUUUCUGAAAAAUUCGAAUUUUUUAUUGAAAAUUGUCUGAAAAUUCUUGAAAAUCUGAAAAUUUCAUAUUUUUAGCCACCAAAAUUUUUUUCAAAAAAAAAUUUCAAAUUUCUUGCCACGUGGCAUAUUUGAUGUCAAAAUUUUCCAAAUUUUCAUUGAAAAUUAGCUAGAAACUCUGACAUUUCCAGAAAAAUCGAUAUUUUCAAGCCACCUGGCAAAUUUUCAAAAAAAAAAAACAAUUUUCAAAAAUUUAAAAAAUUUUUAAUAUUUCUUGCCACGUGGCAUAUUUGAUAUCAAAAAUCUUCAAAUUUUCUGAAAAAUUCAAAUUCUUCAUUGAAAACUGUCUGGAAUUCAUGAAAAUCUGAAAAUUUCAGAUUUUUAGCCACCAAAAAUUUUUUCUAAAAAAUUCUAAAAAAAAUUUUUUUUCAAUUCCUUGCCACGUGGCAUAUUUGAUCUCAAAAAGUCGCAAAUUUUCUGAAAAAUUCAAUUUUUUCAUUGAAAAUUAGCUAGAAACCUUGAAAUUUCAGAAAAAUCAAUAUUUCAAGCCACGUGGCGAUUUUUUUUUCUAAAUUUUGAAAAAAAAUUCAAUUUUUUGCCACGUGGCAUAUUUUAUAUCAAAAUUUUCCCAAUUUUCUGAAAAAUUCAAAAUUUUCACUGAAAAUUGUCUGAAAUUCAUGAAAAUCUGAAAAUUUCAGAUUUUUAGCCACCUGGCAAAUUUUCAAAAAAAAAUUUUUUUUUUUCAAAAUUUUUAAAUUUUUGCCACGUGGCAUAUUUGAUAUCAAAAUGCUCCAAAUUCAAAUCCAAAUUUAAAUUUGAGCCUGAAAUUCAUGCUGAAAUUAAUUCCAGUCUAAAAAAUCACUAAAAAAUGCCACGUCAUAGCAAAAUACACCGUGUUUGGUGUCAAAAUGCUCCAAAUUUCAUCCUGAGCCCAGAUUCUCACCCAAAAAUCACCCCAAAUUUAAUUCCAGGUCCCUCCGUGCUCCAAUUCUCGUGCAAACCGGCUGCCAAAUCAAAGGCCGUAAGGAGAUUUGCACGUGUUACGACGAUUUUUGUAAUGCCACAAAUGAUGCCACGUGGCAUUUUUUGGGCGGCUCAUUUUGGAAUUUGCUCAUUUUUUCGCAGUUUUUUGCCAUUUUCGUACUGUAA